AUGCAAAAUUAUGGCGAGGCGGGAAUCCUAAGCGCAAUUCUAGGAAAUAUCUUCGUUAACAUCGCCAUUAAUAUCCAUAGACAUGCUAAAAAACGAUUGGUGACAUUUGCUAUUCAUGGACCUCCACAAGUCAAAUUUCACGAUCGGCUAUGGUGGCUUGGCCUGGUUUUGCUAGUCUUUGGCGAAAUAACCAACUUUGCCGCGUACGGGCUGGCACCGGCCUCGGUAGUCAGCCCGCUCGGCGUGUUCUCAGUGAUAUCAAACUGUGUCAUUCUGCCAAUUCUUUUUGACAAAACACCCCACAUAGAAACGGUAACCGGGACAGUGAUUGCGAUGCCGGGAAUUCUCCUCUUAAUUAUCGCUGCCCCGAGUCUUUCAGUUCCACCUGAUGGCCCGCAAUUUGGACCCAUUGUCACGCCCUACAUCGUGAUCAAUCUGGUCGCUUGUAUAGGGCUCGCAUUUGCGCGUCUGCUGGCAAAAAACGACCCUGCUAAGCAGUUCUUUCCCAAUGUCGGAAUGUGCGCUUUGAUGGGGUCUUUUUCAGUGCUGGCCAUCAAGGGCAUGAGCUUAUCCAUCGUUGGACAUCAUAAGGAGAUCAGUGCCCCCAUGUGCUUGGUGAUCUUUCUCGGGACUACGAUUCUCCAGUUUUCGAUAUUAAUUGAGACUCUACAACAUUUUGCGAUGCACCAGGUAGUCCCGCAUCACUUCAUCAUGUUUACGGCUCUAGUCACAAUCGGUUCCAAUGUGCUAUUUCACGAGUUCUCAAUCUCGACCUCAGUUGCUAAGAUUGAGUUCGCUUUUGGCGCGCUGCUUUCAAUCGUGGGCGUGUUGAUCUCGGCAAGACCCCACGAGCACCAACGAAAGCUCUCAAUAGCCAUGGCAAGGCGCCGCUCGCGUGGUGUUGGAUUCAAAGCCACGGAGGCGGCGAGAUCGCCGCAGAAGAAAGCGACGAAACGGUCCUCAAUCCGCGCCUACGCCAGGAUCGUCUGA